AGCUUCAACACCGUACAUACAUAACUGGCAGUAUAUCGCCCACGCGAAGCCCGCUCCAAGCCUCGGUUGUUCGCAACCACGGUGCUUUGCGGGCAUGAGACAAAUACAUUCUCCUUAUGAAGCUCUGCUCUUUCUUGCGCAACCUCGGGGUCUACAUGAGAGUUUGUGGACAACCAUUAGUAAACAGCAUGACAAGGUUCCGUGAACUAAAAUAAAAAUCACUGUUCAGGCCUUGAUCCGUCGACAACAACAGCAGCAGAAGAAACCCCUGUAUAUAAGGCAGGCAGGGAUAUCAAGUCGCCAGCCACAUUUAUCACGACUUUCACAGGCCUAUCCCAUCAGCAUUCACCUGUACGCUACGUUUGACCGAUGCGGAAGUGCCAUCACCCACUCCCGGACAAGAAAACCGCUGUACACUGCCCAGCCGAUCGGCCCACGCUCGGCGAGGUUACACUAAGCCUCUAUACAUUAGUGCUGGUAUAUUAUAACCUACCCGCUGUGUCUACUCUUCCACGGUGUCCCCUCACCACCUGGAUUUCCCGCCUGGCAAUUUACCAACCGCGCACGGAAAAGCAAAAAAAAAAGAAAAGAAGAGAAAAGAAAAAAAAGGAAGAGAAGAAAUCCGCCAUCCUGUUCUCGACUUGGCUGGCGGAUUUGCGUGUCAUUCGCCUGUGACAGUGACUUUGUUUGAGCUCACGUUCAAGGUACUUGGCUAUUUUGAUUACCUAGAUUACAGAGUGCUCUUUAUUUGUUGUUGUGUAUAGACUACCACCUACUUAUCUGCAAGGCGUGCCUAGAGCCUUUCGCGUUAUUCUCUACAUGGGUCCUGAUUGAUCCAGCAAGGCACUCGUCAAUCAUUCAAGCAAGCGAGCGAAGCUGUGGGCUAGAUCUACGCCAAGUCUAGCCAACAAGCGACUGCCGCCUGUCGCAAAAGCUCAGCAACCAGCGAGUUGGGCUUUUCAGCCUCGAGAGGACGAACAGCAAGACAAAGGGCCGGCGAGCCCCAGUCGCCCGGGCCGUGUUCCUGCCCUGUUUGAUAAAAGAGUUCUUGGCCUGACAGAGCAUGGAUUCCACCACUGCGCAGGUCGAGGCAGUGCGUUCCGAUGAAGAUGCACCCAGACGGGGCUCGGAACAGGCGAGUGGUGCGGACAAUGGGGAAGAUGACGGGACCCAAAAGGCUGCCGUAAAGAAGCGUACGAAGACGGGAUGUUUGACUUGUCGAAAGCGGCGUAUCAAAUGCGACGAGCAGAAGCCUACUUGCAACAACUGUAUCAAAUCGAAGAGGCAGUGCACCUACGGAAGCCAGCGUGUCAUCUUCAAGGAGCCCAUAAGUGCCUACGGAGGCCCGUACGGUCCUAUGGGCUACCAAUCUGUCCACGGAUCUGGGUUCAAUGCCCAGGCGGCUGCGGCCGCGGCUGCUGCUGCUGCAAGAUCGCGACAGCAGCAGGGCCCGCUCCCCAUUAUUGCUCCGAGGCCACCUGCAGCAGUCGGCCCACAGCAUGGCGCUCCAGAGUUUGGAGGUCCGUAUCAGGGGUUGCCGCAAGCCAUUUCGUUCUCAGACCCAUCCGGCAUGAGCUUUGCUACACCUGGAGCCUAUUCCGCUUACCCGCCCGAACAUAUCGGCUCGCAUCCCAUGUUCCUGCAACAAACACAGGCACAUCACCUUCAUGGGCCACCUCUCCAGUCGCCCUUGGACCAGCAUACGCAGUUCCAACCGGGCAUGCCUCAACAUGUUGCGCCACCUGGAUACGCUGUUGUUAGGGAGCAUGACGCCGUUCCAUCUACGUCGACAAGCUACCAACCACAAGCCAUCGCUUCCGCCAGCGAAUUUGCAAAUUUCGAUUCUCAGACUCAACUUGCCCCGUCGGAGAUCGCUGCAGCUUGGCAAAGGCCCGAAGAGCUCUACUGGCACAGCGACGAUGAAGCCUCGAUGGUUGCCUCAGAUGAGGAAGAGGACGACGACGACGACACUUUCGACCCUGAAAGGGACGAGACAAACCUCGAGUCUAACCAUAUGGGCAUCAUGGUAGCCAGACGGGUGAAAGGAACAACGGCUCAUGCAGCAUACGGGACCCAGUUGCGGACGCCGGCAUCAUGUCUCGGAAGCGAUGACAUGCUUGCAAGCUACCAUCCAGCGGCACACAUGUCACCACUAAAUGAUGAACAGGUUGCAUUAGUAUUUUGGCACUUCGUCAACGUUACGGCUCGUGCUAUGUCUUUGUACGAACGUCACCCACUGGAUGCAUCGCCAAUGUUCCAGGGCCGACCCGUGCCGAAAUCCCGCCAGCACAUCUGGACUUAUACCUUCCCCAUCAUUGCCUUCCAUCAUCCCGCACUUCUCCAGGCUAUGUUGGCCCUGGGAAGUCUCCAAAUGGCCACAUUGCAAAACGCACCGACGACGGCUUCCAUGAAACACUAUCAUUUGAGCCUGCGAAGGAUAGCCAAGAACUAUCAAAGUCCCAGCAAAAGAACCUCACCAGCUACCUUGGCAGCAACGCUACUGCUAGGGUUCUAUGAGGUCUGGAACUCGGACCACGAAAAGUGGUGCAAGCAUCUGUGGGGUGCCCGGGCGAUUCUGAAGGAGAUUCCUCUGCGUAGUAUGACGGAAGACUACUUGAGCACUAGGCGAAAGAUGAAGAGUGCUGCACAAGCUGCCGCCGGCGGCUACCCGGCUCAUGACGGUAUCUACUACCAGGAUCUCUCUGGCGACUUCUUGGAUCUUUUCGACACCCAAAUCGACGGCUUCAACGCUGGCUUCCUCGAACAGCUUUCUGGUCAACCAGUCAGCUUUGGUAGCGAUGGCCAGAUCAUUGAGGACAGCGACCCGACUAAACAUCAAAAGUUGAUGACAGAGAAGGACAUGGAGGACUACAAACAGAUUGUAGACUUGAACUGGUGGUACUGCAAGAUGGAUGUGUACCAAAGCAUACUCGGAGGAACGAAAUUACUCAUGGACUAUUCACUUUGGACGCAGGUUGCUCCUAGGGCAGCUAUCGGACGAAUUGAUUCCAUAUACGGAACCUAUGAUCACUUGAUACUGCUUCUGGGCAGGCUCUGCAACUUUGCGUCCAACGACCUAGCCCGCAAGCGGAUGGCCUGGGCGAAUGGACCAGGGGGCGGCCCACCGCAGGGUAAACCACAAGGUGGGCCAGGCGGCGGAGGCACAGGGCAAUCGCCACCCUCGUUUGCAGGCAUGAUGCCGACGUCGGGUACCUUCUCGGUACCCGCCGGCUUCAGCCCCCCGAGCGAGCCGCCGGGGCAGACGAGCGGCCCUGCCGAUGAUGCAAGCCUCGAAGAGCGCACCAAGGCCGCCUUGGCCGAGUGGGAGAGCAUCCGUCAAGCCUUUGACCUCUUCAAAGCCUCCCUCGGGCCCGACUUUGGACCGCUGAGCUCGGAGUUUGAGCCACCAAAGCCGUCACCGUUCGGUCCGGCGCUCACGUACAGGACAUAUAGCAUCGCGGGCGUCUUUGUGAACUACUUCAUGGGAUUGAUAGUCUUGUACCGCGCGCACCCGUCGAUGCCGCCCGUCGCCAUGGUCGCGGCCGGCAUGGCGGCCCAGCAGACGGGCACGUAUGCAAACACCAUAGGGCGGAUAUUGGCUGGUCUGGUGGACGUGACGCCGGGGAUGAGCGAGAUUACGACCGUGGUUGGUGGUAUACUCAUCGAAAGCUGCUUUCCCAUGUUUGUCGCGGGGGUACAGUAUCAAGAUAACGCCCAGAGAGUCUGGACCAUCGGCCGGCUCCUCGACGUGGUCCGGCACACGGGCUGGCGAUCGGCGCACCAGAUCGCGGGCGGUUGCGAAUCGGCCUGGAUCAAGGCGGCGUCGCUCGGGCGCGGCCCUCCCUACGAGAGGCCUCGGCACCUGGCCACGCCCGCCAACGGGUCCGUGUGGAACGGGCCCAGGCGCAUUGACAAGCGCAUCAAGGAGCUCGAGGACGAGCGGGCCCGCGACGGCGAGCCAGAGGGCCAGUUGGUACUGGCCAAGGAGGAGAAGGCGCACUUUGCGCUCGGCCUCAUCGCCGUCGAGCAGGACUUUCAUAGGUUGGAUCUGGCACGGAAUGAUUAG